GGAUGCUUUGCGCAAACAAAGGAAGGAGAUUUCCGUGCAGCGCCUUGUAAUUACCAUCCCGCUUGCGAGUAGUUGUGACGCGCGACUCACGGCUGCCACAUCACACAGUGUUGUCAAGCAGUCUACUACGUGAAGAAACAUGCUUUUUGGACUUUUGGGGCUGUUUCUAGCUUUAACGGAAAGUUGUCGGUGCGCGCCACAGCAGACCUGUCAUCCAGGAGACGAACUUUUGGGAAGAUGCAGUAACAGUGUGACCGAAGCAAAACCUACCUGCACAGAGAUGCAUCUGAGCUACUGUAAUGAUGUAGGAUACACUAGAACUAUAUUUCCCAACAUCCUUGGCCACCAGACUCGUACGGAUGCCGAAUCGGGGGCAGAGUACCUUCUCCUGAGUGUCAUCCAUGGCCUCCUUAACGGAGAGUGCUCCCCUGACAUCCGUCUCGUGGGCUGCUCAGUACUCGCGUCGCCCUGCCGGGAUAACAAGAUGAUCAAGCCCUGUCGCAGCACAUGUGAGGCCCUGAGGAAAGACUGUUCCCACACCUUUGAGGCCAUAGACAUGGCCUGGCCAUACUUCCUGGACUGUGACCGCUUCUUUGCAAGCGACAGAGAGGGGUGCUUUGACCCACUGGCGGCGCUAAAAGCCAGACAGGAGCUAACAUGGUCCAGCCUCUCACCAGAAGAACCCAGCACCAUCAUCCAGUUCACGUAUACGACCAACAGUCAGCUGUACAGCUUACUGAAGAGAACGGCAGCCAAGUGUUCCCACAUUUCUCAUGUUUACAGCAUCGGCCGUAGCACUGAGGGUCGAGAUUUACUGGUCAUUGAAUUCAGCAACAAUCCUGGACAGCAUGAACUAUUGGAGCCAGAGGUCAAGCUGAUAGGCAACAUGCACGGCAAUGAGGUGCUUGGUCGCCAGCUGCUCAUCUACCUGGCUCAGUACUUGUGCUCAGAGUAUACCUUGGGAAACCCGCGGGUACAAGCCCUCAUCAACAGCACCCGCAUCCACAUCCUGGCCUCCAUGAACCCCGACGGCUACGAGCUUGCCGCCGCAGAGGGUCACUUACUGAACGGUUGGACUAAUGGCCGUACAAACGCCCAGAACAUUGACCUGAACCGCAACUUUCCUGACCUCACAUCUGUCUUCUACCGGAACCGUCGCAGCAGGCACUACCGCACUGACCACAUCCCAAUUCCUGAUGGCUAUUGGUUUGGGAAGGUGGCACCAGAGACCUUUGCAGUGAUGAAGUGGAUCAGGUCAAUCCCCUUUGUCCAGUCGGCCAGCCUCCAUGGUGGUGAGCUGGUUGUCUCCUAUCCCUUUGACUUCUCCAGACACCCAGACGAGGAGAAGAUGUUCUCACCCACUCCGGAUGAACGGGUGUUUAAGCAACUGGCUCGUACCUAUGCAGACACCCAUACCACCAUGUCAAACAACGACACAGACAGGUGUGGAGCAAACUUUUACCGAACUAAGGGCAUCGUCAAUGGGGCACUGUGGUACAGUUUUCCUGGAGGCAUGUCAGACUUUAACUACCUGCACACAAAUUGUUUGGAGAUCACAGUGGAGCUGGGCUGUGACAAAUUCCCCUCUGAGGGAGAGCUUUACCCAGAAUGGAAGAGGAACAAGGAAGCUUUGCUCAGUUUUGUCGAGUCGGUCCAUCGGGGGAUUAAAGGUGUUGUAAAGGAUGUUGAUGGCAAUGGGAUCAAAGAUGCCACCAUCUCUGUCAGGGGGAUUCGAAAAGAUGUCACCACGGCUGAAGGUGGAGACUACUGGCGUCUGCUGAGCUCUGGUACUCACAUCCUGACAGCCACUGCCAAAGGUUACUCCAGGGUCAGCAAGCGGGUUCAUCUGCCUCACAACCUGAACAAAGCUGGACGUGUGGACUUUGUCUUGAAGAAGGUUCCCCUAGAGCCUGACAUUGACGACCACUUCUUCCCCACAACAGACACAUGGGAUCGUUUUGACCCUUACAAUCAGUUUGAACGCUACAGCGAGCCCGAUGUAGUUGAGAGGGGUAUCGAGCGGCAGGAAAAACCCUGGUGGUGGUCCUACUUCUCCCAGUCUGGCAUCUCGCCUCCAAACUGGCUGCUGCGAAAUUUCUAAAUUCACUUGAGGACAAUACAGGUCUCAUUGCACCACUGUAAAAUGCUCUUUGGAUGCGUUUGUGGUACAGCUGAGAUGUAUUAACAUUGACUUCAACACCACACACACAAGUUUAAUGCUUUUGAUAGGACUUGACAAAACUAUUUUCUGCCAGGCAUCACAUGUAAUUUUAGUGAGCAUUGGAAGGUGAAAAAUUAUGGCAUGCACUUAUAUGAUGACAGACUGCUUCUAAUUCACUAGUAAAGUCAGCUGCAUAAAA